GCGAGGGCCGGCCGCCGCCCGCGUCCCGCUCGCUGCCACGCCCCGGCGCGGCCGCCGCACUCAGCCAUGCUGUUCUGGCACACGCAGCCCGAGCACUACAACCAGCACAACUCCGGCAGCUACCUGCGGGAUGUGCUUGCUCUGCCCAUCUUCAAGCAGGAGGAACCCCAGCUGUCCCCAGAGAAUGGGACCCGCCUUCCACCCCUGCAAUACGUGCUGUGCGCUGCCACCUCCCCGGCCGUGAAGCUGCACGAAGAGACCCUGACCUACCUCAACCAAGGUCAGUCGUAUGAAAUCCGAUUGCUGGAGAACCGGAAGCUGGGAGACUUCCAGGAUCUGAACACAAAAUACGUGAAGAGCAUCAUCCGGGUGGUGUUCCAUGACCGCCGGCUGCAGUACACGGAGCACCAGCAGCUGGAGGGCUGGCGCUGGAGCCGGCCUGGGGACCGCAUCUUGGACAUCGAUAUUCCACUGUCUGUUGGUAUCUUGGACCCCAGGGCCAGCCCAACUCAGCUGAACGCAGUCGAGUUCUUGUGGGACCCUGCGAAGAGAGCGUCUGCGUUCAUUCAGGUACACUGUAUCAGCACAGAGUUCACCCCCAGGAAACAUGGGGGUGAGAAGGGAGUGCCUUUCCGGGUGCAGAUCGACACCUUUAAGCAGAACGAGAAUGGGGAGUACACAGAGCACUUGCAUUCUGCCAGCUGCCAGAUCAAAGUGUUCAAGCCAAAGGGAGCCGACCGAAAACAGAAGACAGACCGUGAGAAGAUGGAGAAAAGAACUGCUCAGGAGAAGGAAAAGUACCAGCCCUCCUAUGAAACCACCAUCCUCACUGAGUGCUCCCCGUGGCCUGACAUACCCUACCAGGUGAACAAUGCUCCAUCCCCAAGCUACAACGGCUCACCCAACAGCUUCGGCCUUGGAGAAGGCAACAGCUCUCCUACCCACCCGGUGGAACCCCCACCCCUGGGCAAUGAUCACCUGCUCCCAUCGGCCUCCAUCCAGGACGCGCAGCAGUGGCUGUACCGGAACCGCUUCUCACAGUUCUGCCGCCUCUUUGCCAGCUUCUCUGGCGCUGACCUGCUGAAGAUGUCCAGAGAUGAUUUGGUCCAGGUCUGUGGCCCUGCGGAUGGGAUCCGGCUCUUCAACGCCAUCAAAGGCAGGAAUGUGAGGCCAAAGAUGACCAUCUAUGUCUGUCAGGAGCUGGAGCAGAACCGAGUGGCCCUGCAGCAGAAGCAAGAUGGCAGUGGAGACAACAAUUUGUGUGUGUACCACGCCAUCUUCCUGGAGGAGCUGACGACCUUGGAGCUGAUUGAGAAGAUCGCCAGUCUGUACAGCAUCCCCCCCCAGCACAUCCACCGGGUCUACCGGCAGGGCCCCACCGGCAUCCAUGUGGUGGUGAGCAAUGAGAUGGUGCAGAAUUUCCAGGACGAGUCUUGCUUUAUCCUUAGCACAUUAAAAGCCGAGAGCAAUGACGGCUACCACAUCAUCCUGAAGUGUGGACUCUGAGCGGCAGUGACCUGCACCAGCCCCCAGCCCCAUGGACCCCGCGGAUGUAGAAAUCAAACCACUCGUCAGCUGCUGCCUCUCCUGAUGAGCUGAAACUGGGAGAGACCUUGCCCCGGCCAAGAAAGCGACAGACCAUCAAGUGGCCAAAAUCCACAGACACAAAGUUUGGCAUGCGGAAAGCUAGUGUCUGGCUCCCUUCUCCCUUCUUCCUGGCCUCCAGCUUUUGAACUGUUCUUUCCUUAUUCUGUUUCCCAGCCCAUGUUCUCUGAAAUUCCCUGCCCUUUAGUUAGAGGCUUCUUGAGUACGUCGGUCCCUCCUGACCACUCCUCUGGUUCUGUGGCAGCUGGCUUUGUGGUCGGCUCUGCCAAUUUGAGGGGGUCACUUUACCCUGCUCUCCUGGCCUACUUCUAGAAGGCUUCCCUUCUCAAACAGCUGAGUGGGUACCUAUUUCUCCUGUCUUUAGAUGAAUCAGUGGGGCUGGGGCUAUUCUGUUCUUUCCCCCCUUUGUCUGUCACCUUGUUUCUAGGCAUCUGUUACUUUGAACUCAGCGAGGCAUGCGUGUCGCUGCAUCGGCAGGGUACAUGUACACUCUGGUGUGUAUGUGUGCCUGCUCAUGAAUGCUAAUUCUGAGGCCUGUUGCAGACUGGGAAAUGAGGUGGGGAUAGAGAGAUGUUUUCUUAACUUCCUUGUGAGUGACCACUUCAGUAUAGUUUUACUUCCUGAGCAAUGCUGAGUAAGGAGAACUACAAGGUGACCGUGUCAUUAUGUCCUCAGGUGACCUUGACCAUCAAAAUACCAGGCCCUUGGGCUGGGGGUGUAGUUCAGUGGUCGAGCCCUUGCUUAGCAUGAGUGAGGCUAUGUGUUUCACCCCAGUACUGUAAAAUGCUAACAAGAGCCUUUAAUCCCUGCACUUGGGAGGCAGACAUAAGAAGAUUGCUGUGAGUUCAAGGCCAGCCUGAGACUACAUAGUGAAUUGCAGGUCAGCCUGGGCCACAGGGAGACCCUACCUUGGAAAAAAGCAAGCAAGCAAACAACAACAAAAAGCCAGAACCUUUAGGACACACUUACAAAAUAACAUUUUAAGAAUACCUUAUUUAUGUUUCUGGAUUCCCCCUCCUUCCCCCCCCCCCUCAUAGGGCAUAUGUUUAGGGUACUUGGCCUCCAUUGGUAUAAUUGAGUCACCUUCCUUAACUUUGGGGAAAUUUGAGUAACAGUAGCUGCGAUAGACUCAGGAAUUCAUCUUAUCUUGCUUCUGGUCUCAGGAUCCAGGGGUCUGUCCUAGCUCAGGGCUUCAGCUUUUUGGAAUUUAAAUUCUCCCAAGUCACAGCAAGGCAAGCCUUCUGACCACCAAAGUUUUGUACAGUGUAAUGUGAGGCUUAGAAAUCACCUGAUCUGGUAACACCCUGUUUUUACAGUUGGAGGAACUGAGGCCCAGAGUGGCAAAGCUACCUGCUUGAUAGAGUGAUAGAGAAUGAAAUAAGGGGUUCUAUUAAUGAUUUGGUUGGGACAGCAUGAAGACAGUCUCCUUGUCCUUUUUAUGGUGAAAUGGCUAUUAACAGCUUUAUUUAGAUAAUAUUCAUGUGCCUUAGGGGUUCCCCAUUAAAUGUGUACAAUUCUGUGGAUUUUAGUAAAUUUGCAAAAUCAGUCAAUUUUAGAGCAUUUUUAUCACCUUCAAAAGAAACCCUAUACCUGCCACCACCUCAUUUCCCAGGCCUGGGAAACAGUGACUGUCUUCUGUGUAGUCUGGUCUUACCCAUUCUGUACAAAUUUGGAAUCUUAAAAUGAGGCCUUUGUGGUCAGUUUCUUUCAUUCAGGGAUGUUUUUCAGGGUCAUUCAUAAUAAGCAUACUUCAUUCCUUUCUCUUGCCACAUACUGUAGUGUGUAGGGUGGUUCUGCAUCCAUCACUUGAUAGAAAUUGGGACUGUCUCAGCUUUUUGGAUGUCAUGAGUAAUGCUGCUAUGAACAAGUUUGUACAGGUUUUUUUUUUUCCUUUCAAGGUAGGGUCUCACCCUAGCUCAGGCUGACCUGGAAUUCACUAGGUAGUCUCAGGGUGGCCUUGAACUCUUGGCGAUCCUCCUACCUCUGCCUCCCAAGUGCCGGGAUUAAAGGUGUGCCCCACCACGCCCAGCUGCACAGUUUUUUGAAUGGACAUGGUUUCAUUUCUUUUGAGAAUGGGAAUAGAAUUGCUAGCUCAUAAUGCUAAUGUUUGGCUCUUUAAGGUGUAGCCAGGCUGUUUUCCUGUGGCAACUCCACCACUGUGGGUUCCCAUCAGUGGUGAAGGAGAAUUUUAGUAUCCUCACCUCCUCACCAACACUUACUAUAAUCUUUUGUUUGUUUGUUUUUAAGACAGGAUAUCAUGUAGCCCAGACUGUCCUAGAACUCCUUAUGUAGCCAAGGAUGACCUUGAACUUAGGAUCCUCCU